AUGCGAAAGAAGACACCCGGCGCCAAGGCCGUCGUCUUCUCUCAGUGGACUCACAUGCUGGAUCUUGCCGAGGCUAGCAUUGCCAGGGGAGGGUGGACGUUCCGAAGGCUGGACGGAGCCAUGUCCCAACAACAGCGGGAGUCCGCUCUCAAGGGCUUCGCGACGGACGAGAGCGUCACCGUGAUGCUGGUCUCGCUCAAGGCCGGUGGUGUCGGCCUCAACCUUA